AUGAGGGGCAGCGCGCAGUUGCUUGUAUCGCAUCUACGCAGAGCUCUGUCCACCAGCAGUGGUGCAUGCAAGGCGAGCGUGGGGCCUACAGGGACGUUCCCCGCGUGGCUGGGCCCCUCGGCCAGCACGCGCGUCUCUACUCCUCUCACCAAGGCGCUUCCGGGGACGCAUCAGAAGAAUGGAUACGCGGUGCCUCUGGAGCCGCCGCCGACAAAGGUCACAACGCUGCCCAACGGCGUGCGGAUAGUCAGCGAGGCGACGACG